UAAAAGAAGGCUAGAAAAUGAAUAAGAAGAAAAACAGUUUGUUCAGGAAAGAGGAAUCACCUUUCGAUUUCGGUCUGAAUGUUUAUUCCAUGUUUGGACAUUUGAAUAGAGAAUUCCAGUUCUGAUAAAAGGAGGGAUGUAUAGUGAUGCUGAGGCCGAAUCUGAAUCUGAACGCAACAGAAUGAGUUGUGGCGCCGAUGAAGAAGAACAAGGUUCCUUCAAGAGCUUGGCCAAGCAAACGGAGCAGAGUUACCAGUUGCAGCUCGCACUUGCCCUUCGUCUCUCUUCUCAUGCUUCUUCUUCGUCCGAUCACUCUUCGUCUCUGACUCAGACAUUAUCACACCGUUUUUGGGUGGAUGGUUGUUUGCAAUACACUGACAAAAUUUUAGAUGGCUUUUACUUAAUCCAUGGGAUGGAUGCAUAUACAUGGACUCUAAGUACUGAUUUGCAGAAUGUUGGUAUUAUUCCAUCAUUUGAAUCACUCAUGUCAGUUGAACCCAGUGACGACUCGUCAAUUGUUGUGGUUGCUGUUGAUAAAUCUAGAGAUCCUGGUUUGAGAGAACUGCAAAACAGGGUAGCAAGUCUUUCAAAUAACUGGAUUACCACUAAAGAUGCAACUGAUCAGCUUGCAAGUCUUAUUUGCAAUAGGAUGGGGGGAGGGUCUUUAACUGAGGAAAAUUUAGCUAUACGCUGGAAGGAAUGCACCCAACUUCUUAAAAGCUGCCUGCACUCUGUCAUUCUUCCAAUUGGAAGCUUACCCAUUGGCCUUUGUGUCCAUCGAGCGUUGCUGUUUAAAGUGUUGGCUGACUUAAUCAAUCUACCAUGCCGUAUUGCAAAGGGCUGCAAGUAUUGCAGAAAUGACGUGGGAGCGUCAUGCAUAGUUCAAUUUGGUUCUGACAGGACUAAAGGAUGGGGCAGACGAUUGGUUUCAAAUAUAAGAGUCUCCAUCCCCCUCUCAACCCAUCUCCCCCACCCUUGCAAGUUUAUCAUUGUCGUACUUGUCUUGUACUGUUGGCACCUGACCAACAACAUCACAAAGCCUCCUCUGGUGUCAAUAGGGAUGGCAAUGAGGGAGUAUAUGAUUGAUUUAAUUGGAAGGCCUGGGGCAACAUGUCAACCUGAUUCUUUUCUGAAUUCUGCUUCUUCAAUGUUGGUUGCUUCACCAUUAUGUCAUCCAAAGUUCAAGCCAGUUGAAACAGCUGAAUAUACAAAGACACUUGCUCAAUUGUAUUUCUUGGACAGUCAAGCGCUGCAUCUUGUAUUUGAUAGUACAUCAGGACCUGCUGUUAAUCACAGUGACAAAAUGGAUCUGCAGCGAACCGAAGCUUUGGGUGCAAAUUAUGCUGGUGGAAACAGCCAUCUGAUUGCUUUGAUUCCUGGUGCAGAGGAGUAUGAAUAUUUCAAUGAAGUAGACCAGACAGUCUUGGAUUAUCCAAGUCAUGAAGUUGAUCUUGACGAGGAGGAUCUGGAUAUUCCUUGGAGUGAACUUAUUUUGAAGGAGAACAUUGGGACAGGGUCAUUUGGAACUGUCCUUCGUGCAGACUGGCGUGGUUCCGAUGUUGCAGUGAAAAUUCUUAAAGUGCAAGGUUUUGAUCCUGGGCGAUUUGAAGAAUUUCUAAAGGAGGUCUCACUCAUGAAGCGCCUACGACAUCCAAAUAUUGUACUCUUGAUGGGUGCAGUUAUUCAACCCCCUAAGUUAUCAAUUGUAACAGAGUAUUUAUCUAGAGGCAGUUUGUAUGAACUUCUGCACAUGCCCAAUGUUGGAUCAUCACUUAGUGAGAGGUGUCGCUUAAAAAUGGCUUAUGAUGUGGCAAGCGGAAUGAAUUAUCUUCAUCAAAUGAGACCCCCCAUUGUGCAUAGAGAUUUGAAGUCUCCAAAUCUUUUGGUUGAUGAUUCAUACACUGUUAAGGUAUGUGACUUUGGUCUUUCACGCACAAAGGCAAACACAUUUCUUUCUUCUAAAACCGCAGCUGGGACUCCUGAAUGGAUGGCACCCGAAGUCAUCAGAGGAGAACUGUCAAACGAAAAGUGUGAUGUAUUCAGCUUUGGUGUAAUUUUGUGGGAACUAGUCACCCUGCAACAACCAUGGAGACAUUUAAAUCCUUCACAGGUUGUUGCGGCUGUUGGUUUUAUGGACAAAAGGCUAGAUAUUCCAAGGCAUGUGAAUCCUGAAGUUGCAGCCUUGAUUGAGCUCUCCUGGGCCACGGAACCCUGGAGACGGCCUUCUUUCUCCUAUAUUAUGAAAUGUUUGCAGCAAAUAAUUACUGAUGCUAGAGGGUGAACAAGUUCAUACCUCAUAUUUAUAGUCUUCAGCCUAUAUAUACAGAGGAGAAACAGCAAUAUUGAACAAGAAAAUAAAUGGCAUUGCAAUUCAUUCAGGCUCAGCGGUCUCAUCAGAACUACUAAUGCAAACGUAUUUGCCUUGAUUGGAUAUUUAAGAAAUUCUCACAGUUGGGGGCAAUGGCGCAGCUUAAAUAUCUAAAGAUUUUCUGUUAGAAAUUUUGUGAAUAGGGAAGUGAAUUCUAUGUUUAUUAUUGUAAUCACUGCAAUAGUUUUUAUUUACUACUCUAAUUAUAAAUAAGACUCUCAGCUGUGUAAUUGAGACAUGGAUUUCACAAGUUUCUUGCUUUUUAUCGUGCUCAAAAGAGCCUAAAUGAUAGGUUACCCAAUCUUGAAUACUCAAAAACUACCCUUACGCUGCUCUAGUUAUGCUAAAAUAUAUACCUCAAAUGUGCUCAUGGCAUAUCAGA